AUGGUGAUUCCCGUCGAGAUUGAAACGCCGUCGGGGGUGAAGAAGCUGGAGAUUGGAUACAACCAAGGGCAGAACCCGUUUACAGUCGCGCAAGCGUUCAUCGACAAGCACCUGUUGAAUCCGUCGUAUUUAAAAGAGAUUGCAGACUACAUUAGCGACCGCUCGGCAAACUACCAGCCGCCGCUGUUGGGAGAUCACAGCACGCCAAGUACCGAGAAGGCGACCCCACUACCACCACCAACUCCCCCAGCACCAUCGUCUGCGUACUUUCCACUGAAAACGUUUGCGACAUUUGACACGGCCAAAAUUGCCAAAUUAUUUGCCACGGUUGACCAAUUCAACACCUUGUACCCGGUCUUGACUGCCGAGGAGUUGACGGUGGUGUCUUCGUUGAUCUCGACGUUGCAGCAAACGUCGUACUAUCACUCGAGUGUCGUCACCAAAAUCCAAGUGGGGGUUGUGUGCAAGCUGGUGGGGCAAUGGCCGUCAUCGCAUGUGUUUCCAGCCCUCGACUUGCUUCGGUUGGUGCUGGUGCAUCCGGUUGGUGCCACUCACGUGCCGGAUACCGCCGCCUCGUUGGUCCUCGGCCAUGCGUUUGCGCCAGAUGCGGCGGAUGCGACGAGGUUUUUGGCCCUUCGCGUACUGGCCAACUGGACGCCACACGCUCCGUCCAAAGUUAUCGCCCUCGUUCCCACUGUGGCGGAAGGAAUCAAUUCGGCGUGGCCGGCGAUUUCGUCGUGGAGUAAGCCACUGGCGUUGAGUGUGGCCACGCUGUGGAUGGACGUGGUAGUCGCCUUGACCACCAGCGGCAACCUAGACGAGAAUAGGGCUGCAACUAUUGUGGCUACGCAAUUGGCCGAGUUGUGUAUGGCCAUAGCAGACGAAGAAACCCUGGGACGAGUGCUUGUGGCCAUUGGGUCGUUGGCGGUGACGUUCCCAAGUGUUGGAGUGGCGGGGAUUUCAGCGGCGGUGUUGCAGGACAAGGCGUCCAAGUUCUUGCCAGCGUCAGCGAUCCACGCAAUUGUAUCGGACGUGGUGGCAGUGCUAAAAACAAAGUAA